GUGCCAACAGUCACUUCUUCCAUAAAAUUGUGGUGUUGCGAAGAAGUGAGGUGAAAGGUAGCAGUUGACUGGUAGUGAAAAACGUGUAGCCGGGGACCUUUGAAUAUUCGUUAAUGCAAGUCACAAAAUAUGGCUAAUCAUGAUAUAUCUAGUGUAACAGAACAGCUGGCUCAAACUAAAGUUGAGCAGGUCAACGAAGUAUCUUUUAAAGGACAAAGUUUGAAGUUGGACAAAGCUGAAGAUGGUGAGGUUGAGAAUCGUAUCCGUCAGACAGCAUUAAGGUUAGAAGGUAACACAUUAGGAGUAGAUGCUGCAGAAGCCAUUGGUAAAGCUUUGGAAAAACGACCAGAGUUUCAGAGAGCUAGAUGGAGUGAUAUGUUUACUGGAAGGCUGCGCUCAGAAAUACCCCCAGCUUUGAGGAGUUUAGGAGGUGCAAUUAUAAGAUCAGGAGCGCAGUUGGUUGAACUUGAUCUAAGUGACAAUGCAUUUGGACCAGAUGGUGUUAAAGCAUUUAAGGAGUUACUUACAAGUACUGCAUGUUAUUCCUUACAAGAACUUAGACUAAACAACAAUGGUCUUGGUAUUGGUGGAAAGAUUUUGGCAGAAGCAUUGAUUGAAUGUCAUAAGCUGAGUACAGCAUCAGGCAAAACAUUGCAACUUAAAGUGUUCAUUUGUGGUAGGAACCGAUUGGAGAACCCAUGCGCAAUAGCGCUCGCAGAAGCCUUCAAGACUUUACAAACUUUAGAAGAGGUAGCGAUGUUUCAGAAUGGAAUAAACCAUGAAGGAAUAACAGCUUUAGCACAUGGUAUAUCACGUAACUGUUUAGGAGAAGAUGGUAUUGAAGAGGUGAGAGGAACAUUGGAAGCCUCAGGACAACUGGAGUUCUUAGGCUCCCUCAGUGAUGAUGAAGGGGAUGAAGACGAUGACGACGAUGAUGACGAUUAUGAAGAUGUAGAUGAUGAUGAGGAUGAUGAUGAGGAUGAUGAAGAAGAGAAAGCGGUGGAUGUAGAGGAAGGUACAAGAAUGAAAGAUCCAGCACUGGUGGUUACAGGAACAGCAAUUACACACAAGCCAGAUGCUGGUAAAAAUCAGGUUAACGUUACUGUUGAAGAAUUCCUAAAGUUUCCAACCGCUGAUAAAUUACUUGGAUUAGGAAACGACAGAAUUGGAAAGAUGUCCAACCAUUUAGAGGAUAAUGUAGCAAAUGUAGAA